AACCGAGAAUAUCCGAUUCAUUAUUUACCUUUAUGAAUAAAAUGCAAUUACGUUUCUGACUUUUCUAUCAAACUUUUGUAUGUAACGGCAACCUCUGAGCAAAACAAACGUAAUUAAGGACAUAAUAUCAACAUAAAUUAUUCAAGUGAGUGCUGACAGUGGAAUACUAAUCGUCAAAACUGGGUUGGGGAAAUAUUCACCGCCGCUGGAGCUGCCUUUGGAAAGCUUGGGGAGUUAACAAUGCAGCUUCAUCCAUCGGCAGAACAAAGUCCUGCAAGUGGGAAGUGGACAGAACAAGAAAUUGAAGCCUUAAGACAGUCUGUGAAAAGAUUUGGUGAAGAUCUUAAUAAAAUAAGUGAAAUUAUUAAAAACAGAGCCACCUCCCAGAUACGGAGCCAGCUGAAACGGAAGGCGUACGAGGAUGCAGGGCUACCACCUCCCGCAGAGCAGAGUCCCAAGAAGGCAGUCACUGUCCAAAAGCAGCAGCCCCAGCAGGUUGUUGUCGUGGAGACACAACAAUCCUCAAAGAAGCAAGAACGUAGAGAGGUGACAUUGAGUGCCCUAAAUGCUCCAGAGAGUGAUGUGGACAUUGAGGGCCUGGGAGAUACCGGCACGUCAAAAAAACUGGAUUUCGAUUCUGAUCUGGACUCCAGUCUGCUGUGAAAACAGGACAAGAACAGUGCAGGAAUAGUGGCUGGGACUACAUAGGCAGAUUGUUGUGUGCAAUAUGAUGCAGACAUUGCAGAUAUCUAGGCAGCUAACUGAGGUUCAUGAUUGGGUGUUUAUUGAAGUGUGUGUUUUGCAUGACUUAAGCAUGACUUGUUAAUCCUUUACUGCUCAGAUACGCAUUAGUUUGUAGAUCCUUAGAAAAUCAACUUUAAUUUAAUUAAAGACCAUUCUUAAUAGAUUCAAGUUUUAGGCUGCAUUUCAAACCCUAAGGAAUGGAUAAGAAGCAAACAGCAUUAAACCUGUACAGACUUUGAGUUACUUGCAUGCUGUUCUGGUUUUAUGCUGGUUGGAUAUAGCCAUUUUCACUUUGAUUCUGAGCAAAAAAGGGUUAAGUGCUAGAUGAAUAAGUUAUGGGUGUGUAACAAGGAAACUGUCAGAAUCUUGGAAAGGGUUGAAUUGAAUAAAUAAAUGAAAUAAGUAAAUGUUGGUGCUGAUGUUAUAGCCAUUUUAAUAAUCAAAUUAUACUUCAUUCCUAGUAAAUUGAUGAUACAAUUUCAUAAAUACAAAUCAUAUUCCUAAAGUGGUGAAAAACACUUUGUAACAUGAUAGCAUUAACAUUAUAAACAGUUUGGGAAUUUUUAUGACCCCCCGGAUCAAAUGAUCGGGGGUAUAUUGUUUUUGGCCUGUCUGUCUGUCUGUCAUUGCAUGUGUCUGUCUGUCCCAAAACUUUAACCUUGGUCAAAACUUUUGCAAUAUUGAUGAUAGCAACUUGAUAUUUGGCAUGCAUGUGUAUCUCGUGGAGCUGCACAUUUUGAGUGGUGGAAUGUCAAGGUCGUCCUUCAAGGUCAAAGGUCAAAUAUAUGGCUUCAAAGCGGCGCAAUAGGAGGCAUUGUGUUUCUGACAAACACAUCUCUUGUUUAUACAUGUAGCUUUGUAAAAAAAAGAUUCUCUCCAAUUCUCAGAAGUAUGAACUCGUAUGAACUCUUCUAAGUGAUAUUUGAUCUUUUUACAUAUGACAGUUUUUUCUUUAAGCUAUUGAUUGGUAUUAUUGAAUCAGUUUUAAAGCCACAUAAAUACUCAAAAUCAACGAAUACAUUAUGCGACGAUAUCCAAACAUUAAUAAGUGAACGUGAGAUCGGCUUCGGGCAGCCUUCAGAAGCUCAACGUAGUUCUCAUGAACUGCCCUAAGUAGAUAUCGGAUAUCAUUUUGUUAUUUUCACAUGGAAUAUAUCCAUAUUGUCCUAAACAAAAACAAAAAUGAGCAUAUGUAUUUCGUUAAAUCUAUGUUACCGGACCACAUCUAGCGUUGAAAUUUUGGCUAUUGCUAUAAGGAGCACUGAUUUUUAGUGUGUUAACUUAAUUUUGCGAAAACAUUUACGACAUAGUUGUUGAUUUUGAGUCUUUAUGUGGCUUUAAAUCCCUUUUAAUUUUAGUUGUUCAAUUUCUUCCAUGUUAAUGUUUGAAAAAUAUGUUUCUGAUUGUUUUCUGUAUGGUUGUCUCAGACAGUUUCUGCAACAGAACAAUUGUUACUUGCGCUUAAUUUUGAGUGGAAUGCUAUUCCAAAUUUGAUAGUUAAAUAACUUGCAUUGCAUCCGGAUAAUUAAAUAUGUUAUGGUAUACAAUAAAUCAAAUAUUAAUUAAUAUUUUAUUAUCUAUAUAACGUACUUCAUGUCUAUAGAAAUUUUGAUUGUGUCAAAAUUGUGGAUUUGUAUAAUAUUUGUGUACAUCUUGCCACAUAAAGCUAAAAUUAGCCAAUAACUUUAAUAUAAGUUACAUUUCUUAUCUUCAAUACUGUAUUUUUUAAUCCUAAAUUAUUGUUGGCCUAUUAAGGGCACUGAUUGCAUGUCAUAAAGUAAAUUAUGAAUGAUUCAUCUUUGUGCAUUUAUCUUGUUAAUGAUCAACUAUGUUAAAUAAUGUAAAAUAGUUUAGUUUGUCUUGAACUAAAUAAUGUAUUAAAGUAUUUGUGAAGAUUUUUUUCUGGUAUGGUUACAAUGAUAGAGGACAAUUUUGUGUAUAUAAUGUUGUAAAGUUCUUUUAUUAAUGUGUUUUUGAUAUUUAUGCGUAUAUGUUAUUAUGUAGCAGGAAAGAUGGAAAUAAAAUCAAAAUAUACUGUU